AUGGGAAACUGUUGUCUCAAUCCAAGCGCUCAGAAUUUGGUGGCGACUUCUAACAUAGAUCCAGAAUAUCAAAAACACCAAUCUAUCCAUAUUAUUAGCAAAGACAAUAUUGGAAGAAUUAAUGGGAGCCAGGCCGUGAAAUUUGAAUUACUAGCGCCAAUUCAUCAGGAAACCUUAGUCUGCACCGUCGGAAAAAUUCCUAUACGUAUGACUGGGUGUGUUAUCCCAGGACUUGACCCGCGCGGAGAAAUUUCUAGCUCCCUCCUGUGAACAAGCAAAAUCAUUGAAAAUAACCUUCAUCGAUGUAUAAGUUUUAAUUAUUAAAAUGAAAUCUACAACUAAUUCAUUAAAAUCUAAACAGCUUGCAAUUAAAACAUAAAUUUUAUAAUUUAAUUGAAUUUUUUGCUUUCCAGUUUUCGGAAUUGUUUGAAAUAAUGAAAAAAUUCCUUAUUCAAACAAAUAUUUUUAUUCGCCCACAGAAGGGAAAUAAGGAAUGUCAAGAUACAUACACAUUUCUAUACAAAGAUGAUACCAUUUUAGCAGUUUUGUUUGAUGGACACGGUAAAGAAGGGCAAAAAAUCGCAAACUUCUGCAAAGAUUAUAUGGUAAACUUUUUCACUGAAAAUUUCAUAAAAUUCGAAAAAAAUCCAAUUGAUGGGAUAAUUGAAAUGGUUCAAGAAUGUGACGACAGCUUGAAUAUGAGUGGAAUUGUCACAAGCUUAUCUGGCACAACUGCAGUUAUUGUGGUUUUAAACUCUACUGCAAUCCACGCUGGAAGCGUAGGAGACUCAAGAGCUAUAUUAGCGACUUUACCUCGAGAAGGCACAAAAAUCAAGCCCCAGCACAUAGAGCAUAAAAUUCCAUCUAAAUGAUCAAACAAAGUAAUACCUUUAAGAUUAUUAUCGCCUGUUACAAUUACAGUAGAUCAAAAGCCUAAUCACGUUGAAGAGCUUAAAAGGAUUACAGCAGCUGGCGGCGUCGUCGAAAAAAUCACAGAUGAAGCCGGGCAGCCUGUCGGCCCAUAUAGGGUUUGGCUUAAACGUGGAAACUAUCCAGGCCUCGCAAUGUCAAGGUCUAUUGGUGACACUGUAGCUCAUGAAAUAGGUGUCAGUUCCACCCCAAUCUGCAACAGUUUUGAAUUUUACCCGGAAAGUGACCAAUUUGUAAUUCUUGCUUCAGAUGGCCUCUGAGACGUCAUGGACAACCAAGAAGUGAUAAAUUUUGUAGAAAAAUUCAGAGGAAUUACCAAAGGAUUUCCCGCAGAUGAUUACCCAUCAAAAAUCUCUAACUCAACUAUAGCAAGAUUACUAUGUGAAGAAGCAAGGCAUAGGUGGUUUGGGGUAGUUGAAGAAGAAGACGUAAUGAUUGAUGAUAUUUCUGUAGUCAUCAUAGAGUUUACCAGUGUAGAGCCUAUAGGAAUAGGAGAAAGAACGCCUAGAAGCGAGAGAAAUGUAAAAAAAUUCCAAAGCAUCACGUUUGAAAGCGACAUAAUUAAACAAAAAAAUAUUGUGAGAAAUGACCCAGCCAGAGGAAGCAUUGCAAAAGGAGAAGAAAAUAAUGAAAUUUUGGAAGCUGCAAUGCAAGUUAUGCAAGAAGAGGAAGGUAAUGAUAUUAAAUAG